AUGCUGGGAGGCCCUGGUUUGAAAGGGCGCCUUGCCCAGCAGCAAUUUGCUGCUUUUGCACGGUCCACCCGAUCGUAUUCUUCAUUUCGUCCGCAGAUUUCAAGAUUCCCCGUGCGGAAUGGCAAGGUUCUCGGCGGGUCUACGAUAUGGAGGCCGUCAGUGCCCUCAAUUGCCGUGCCUGCAGCUCGAUUCAAUUCGACUUCAUCCGCUGCGAAUCCCAACGAGCUAGCACCCGAACCCUCUCAACAACCAACCGAAUGGGACCUUUCAAAUAUCGAUAUCGAAGCCAUCCCGGAGAAAAUUGGAUACCUGAAGGAGCUCGGGCUUGAUUACGGCUGGGGACCGUCAUCAGCAGUUGAAUAUAUAAUGGAACAUGUUCACAUGUGGAGUGGCUUGCCCUGGCUAGGAAGUAUCGUCGCAACGGGUGUCUUGAUCCGUUUUGCGAUUCUACCUCUCUUUUUCCGCUCUGCGGAUGCCAGCACGAGGAUUUCAAACAACAAACAUAUCAUCACGCCUGUUCGGGCCAAGAUGAUGAGCGCUGCGCAGUCUCAGAACCAGGUUGAGAUGCAAAAGUACCGGGCAGAUUUAGCGAAGCUAAAUUCCGAGCUCGGUAUCAAGUCGAGCAACGUUUUUAUCCCGAUGUUCCUUCAGAUCCCCUUUGGUUACGGUUGUUACCGUGUUGUCAGCGGCAUGGCUCACUUGCCUGUCCCCGGGCUGGCAGCGGAGCAGUUUGCUUGGAUCAAGGACCUCACAGUUGCUGAUCCGUUCUUUAUCCUUCCUUUGCUAACAUCUGGUUUCUUAUAUAUGAGUCUCAGGAAAGGAGGCGAGUUCGGAAACAUCGAUCAAUCACAACAGCAAAUACGAAAAUUCAUGAUGUACGGAAUGCCGGCAAUUCAGUUCCUGUUUCUGGCGUUCUUCCCCGCUGCACUGCAAAUGUACUUCCUCACAACCGGUCUCUUCGGUCUCUCCCAGGCCUACAUGCUUAGCAGCCCCUCGUUCCGUGCCGCCAUGGGCAUCACAAUUCCCCAGCAACAGCUCCCUACCGAUACGUCCGGUGUAGCCGGUCCUGAUGCGGGCAGGGCUCUCCGGUUGCUCACGCAGGCCAUUGAGCACGAGAAAGCUGAAAUUGCCAAGACACAGAAGGCCGCAGGCAAUGAGCCUAACCUCAGCUUCAUCGACCGCGCCAUCAACAACAUAAAGGAGUCCAAGAACCAGUUCACCAAGGAAACCUCAAAGAAGUUGGAGGAGAUGAGCGGAAAGGGUCCAAAGACGAACGCCGAUGGCUCUCUCGCGGAACCAGCACGCCUCAGCGACAAGGAUCGCAAACUGGCGGAGGACUACGAGAAGCGCAGAAAGGAAGAAGAGGAUUGGAAGCGGGAGGAGCGCAACUUUGCGCGCAGGGAAGCGCAUCUGAAGGCGUUAGAGAGAGAGAGGGAAAAGGCCAAGUCGGCUUUCAAAAACCCUAACACGAAGCAGUAA